UUUUGAGUGCAGUUUUUUUCCAAAAACGUGGCUUCUGUAGCAAAUUGUUUAAAAUUUCAUCCGUAGAAAGAAGUUUUAGUUGAAUUUUUGGUGUUUUGUUUAAGCCCACUAGUAUAUAGUUAAACUGGUCAACCAUGCCGACUAUUUCUGUGAAGCGGGAUGAACUCUUCGCAAUCCUUGGCAGAACAUACUCUGACAAAGAAUUUGAUGAGUUGUGUUUUGAGUAUGGAAUUGAAUUGGACGAAGUGACAACCGAAAAGCAAAUAGCGCUACGUGAGCACGAAGACACCAAGAACGCUUCGGAACAAGUGAUUUAUAAAAUUGAAAUACCUGCCAAUCGCUAUGAUUUGUUAUGCUUGGAAGGACUCUCACAGGCACUCCUGGUUUUUUUGUCCAAGGCACCGUUUCCUCUUUACCGUCUAAGCGCUUCAUCAUGUAAUGAAUCACUGCAGCGUAUCCGGCUUCAACCAGCGACUGCCCAAAUCCGCCCGUACGUGGUUGGGGCUGUACUGCGCAACAUCACCUUCACGCCGUCUUCCUACGCCAGUUUCAUUGAUCUGCAAGACAAACUCCAUCAGAAUCUGUGCCGCAAACGCACCUUGGUAUCCAUGGGCACACACGAUCUGGACACUGUGCAGGGACCAUUCGAGUACGAUGCCUUACCGCCGGAACAGAUUGUCUUCAAGCCACUCAAUCAGACGAAGGAGUACAAUGGCCGCGAAUUAAUGGAAUUAUACUCUACUGAUAACCAUCUGAAACAUUUCCUGCACAUCAUCAAAGAUUCUCCGGUUUAUCCGGUUAUUAAGGAUAAGAAUGGAGUGGUGAUGUCACUUCCCCCAAUUAUUAACGGCGAACACAGCAAAAUAACGCUGAAAACCAAGAAUGUUUUCAUUGAGAUCACCGCAACGGACAGGAAUAAGGCCUUAAUUGUUUUGGAUACAUUGGUUACAAUGUUUUCGGUGCACUGCGAUCCCAAGUUUAUAAUUGAGCCAGUUAAUGUCGAGGAAGCCGAAAACGGGGCAUGGGACGAGAAUUUUCCAAAACUUGAAUAUCGCAAAAUGAAAAUCUGCGUCAGCGAUAUCAACAAGAAAGCAGGAAUCUCGGUAUCUGGUGAGACCAUGUGUGCAUUAGUGGAAAAAAUGUGUUUGCGAGCGGCUGUGUGUGGUACGGAUGAGAUUGAAGUGAUCAUUCCUCCGACCCGGCACGAUAUCCUUCAUCCAUGCGACCUAGUGGAAGAUGUGGCCAUCGCUUAUGGAUUCAACAAAAUCGAAACACGAUUGCCGACGUCUGCUACCAUUGCCAAGCAGUUUAAUAUCAAUCGGGUAACCGACUUGCUAAGGAAAGAGAUCGUCGCCGCUGGAUAUACGGAAGCGCUAACUUUCGCUUUGUGUUCCAUCGAAGACAUUGCCAAGAAAUUACGUCAUGAUAUUGGUGAUCGAGAAGCUGUUGAGAUUGCAAAUCCUAAAACGCUGGAAUUCCAAGUGGCACGCACGACCUUGAUACCCGGAUUACUGAAAACCAUUGCCGGUAACAAGAAAAUGCCAUUGCCCAUGAAAGUUUUUGAAAUAUCCGACGUGGUGAGGAAGGAUGCAACAAAAGAUGUCGGUGCCAGAAAUAUCCGACAUUUCUGUGCGGCCUAUUACGGGAAGACGUCGGGUUUUGAGAUUGUGCACGGGCUCUUAGAUCGCUUCAUGCAGCUGCUGGGUAUACCGUGGGGCAAGGAAAACAAGAAAGGAUAUUGUAUUCAGGCCGGCUCUGAUUCGACUUUCUUCCCUGGACGAUGCGCUGAGGUGAUCGCUCUGGGCAAACGAGUCGGUGUUUUUGGUGUUCUGCAUCCGGAAGUUUUGAAUGACUUCGAACUGGUCAACCCGUGCUCGGUGCUGGAGAUUGAUAUUGAACCAUUUAUAGACACUGAAUCCGACGAAAGCGAACUGAAUGACUAGAUUUCUACGUAUAACGAAAUUUAGUGCAUUACAAUUUGUUAUUUUUAACGUUUAAUUUUUGGUUUCAGUGAUGACCACGUAACGGUUUUUCCCUUCGAAAAUCGGUACUUUUCGUACACGUUUUGUAACGCUUGCGUGCUGAUAUUCGUUUGCUUAUAAAGCCGGUGCAUUAUGUACGUGAGUUGUGAAUUUAGAA